AUGGGCAUCGCACCGCUCUGCCUGACGCUUCCUCCUCCUCCUCCUCUCUCAGGCACGUUGGUGCUCCACCCCGACAGGUCCCAGUUCUUCACGUAUGACUCCCUCACCCUGAGCUGUGGAGGCGGUUGGACCCUGAGGAGGAACACCUCCUCUCACACGUCUCAGACCUGCGGCUCCGACUGGGGCGUCUCCUCCCGGGAGGAGGCGCGCUCCUCCUGCGCCAUCGAGGACGCGUACCCGGCGGACGGCGGCGUGUACUGGUGCCGGUCCGAUCUGGGCGAGAACGGUCCCGGCGUCAACAUCAACGUCACCGAAGGUGAUGUCAUCUUGGAGAGCCCCGGACUUCCCGUGACCGAAGGCGACGAAGUAACGCUCCUCUGCUCCUCCAGAGGAGACGAGGGCGGAGGAGACGAGCCGGAUCCACCCGCUAAGUUCUACAAGGACGGCGUCCUCCUCGGCGCUCCGUCGGCGGGCAGCGUGACCUUCCGGAAGGUGUCCGAGUCCGACCGAGGGUUCUACGCCUGUGAAACCUCCAGAGGAAGGUCGCCACGGAGCUGGCUGGCUGUCACCGCAGCCGGAGCCGAGCCGCCUGCUCCGGUCUCGGCGCCCCGGCUGGCGUGCGCCGCCCUGCUGGUCGUCCUGUGCAUCGUCAUGUUCGUGGUCUGCGUGAACGUACACAGAAACGUGGCUAAAGCUCGAGCUGAAUCAAAGAAAAGAGAGAGAGAGGGAUGAGUCUUGAUUCCUGAAGAAGAUAAGAAGCAACCCUUUACUUCCACACCUACUUUUCUUAAUACAACAACAACAACAACAACAACAACAACAACACUCCAAAUGGAGUUACAAUCUCUUCACUAAUAGAAAUUAUAGUGUAAAAUCUUUGAUUAAUGACGGAUUUCGUAAAUGUUUCCUCCCAAAACGUGAUCACGACAUGGCGUGAUUUUAUUCAAUGAUUUUAUUGAGUUUAAUUUCCUCUUCAAUUUUUUUUAUUUUUUAAAUGCAUUACGUCAUUUUUAUUUUUGGGGCUGUACAAAAAUAAACUCAUACACCAACAACCUUGGACAUAAAUCAGAUGCCUUCUUUAAACUGUAGUUGAAAAAGACGAAUAAGGUCCAACGAAGACAAUAAAAACAAAUAAAUAGUUUCAUGACAUCAGCAUCAAGUAAAAGGAAAACUAAUCAUACACAUUUACAGAAAUAAACAUCGCUUAAAAAUAACGCUCUGAUAAUAUAAUGACGCAAAUCCCCAAAAUGUAUCCGAGUUGCACAGUUGUGUCUCUAGUAUAGAUGAUUAAAGUGGUUUAUAUCAGAAUGCCCACUAGGUGGCGCAAGUGUCUCCCUUUUGAGGACGACUCAUCAGAGUCUGCAAAACUGGAAAUUGCAUCGAUUUGUUUGUGGCACCUGAACGCAUCACGACGUCACUGAGGAGAGGUUGGACACAUAUUGGCCAUUUAAAAAGG